AUGAAUGUGUGCGACAUGUGCUGCUCACAGAUCACCUACCUGGAUAACGCAGGGUUAAGUUUGACUACAUUGCAGCGGUCGCAUUGCUUGCAGUUUUUUUUUUUCAUUUCUCAUGUUGUUUUUCUUUCUUUUCGUGUGCAGGUCAGGCUUCAACUGUGGGACACAGCCGGGCAGGAGAGAUUUAGGAGCCUCAUCCCUUCCUACAUCCGUGAUUCUACAGUAGCAGUCGUUGUCUAUGAUAUCACAAAUGCCAACUCCUUCCAUCAGACAUCAAAAUGGAUCGACGACGUUCGAACCGAGCGAGGGAGCGAUGUCAUCAUCAUGCUGGUUGGGAACAAGACAGACCUGUCAGACAAAAGGCAGGUGUCGCUGGAGGAUGGGGAGCGCAAGGCAAAGGAACUGAAUGUCAUGUUCAUCGAAACUAGUGCAAAAACAGGCUACAAUGUAAAACAGUUAUUCCGCCGUGUUGCAGCUGCAUUGCCAGGUAUGGAGAGCUCACAAGACCAGAAGAACAAAGAAGACAGUAUCCUUUCUUACCACUGUUACUGGCUUGUAUGUGUGUGU